CGUCUCGGAGGGGCCGUGGGGCCAUGGCCGGGAGCAGGAGGAGCGUGUUCUUGGCAAAAUUACUGAAACGACUCUAUGGUGAAACUUCAUCAUCUUCUCUUGUUCAGACUUCAAGUAGAGAAAAGGAGGUGAUUCUUGAAAAUCCUCGCUCAAAAUCUAAAGAAAAGAAUUUGGAUAAUGUCCAGGUUUCAUCAGCAGAUGCUAGCACAUCAACUAAUACACCCUGCGAAUCAUUUCAAGAUAAGGAUGCUGCAGUUACGUCUCCAAGAAGAGUUUACACAGUGGAUCUUCCUCCAGAGGGUUAUGUUGCAGUUACUCCAGAUGCUCUUAGUAAUGCAGUUUCUGAAAACUCUGGCAGUAGUGCUGACUCAACAGAAGAGGAGUAUCAAGGGCAAACCAAGAGAAAGCGCAUUCGAAGGAAGAAACAAAAGAGCAGUUCACAAAUCUCUAGUAAUUUCCAUGGAGAACAAACAGAUUUGGGAAUGCAAGAGACUGUUGUUCAAGAUAAUUUACAGCUGCAGCAAACAGACGGUCCCAAAAUAAGCAAAAACAAGAAGAGGAAAAUGAAAAAGAAGCGACAGAAAGAAAAAAAGAGAGCAGCUGGCUUAGUAACAAAAACUACCAGCGUGGAUUUUACAUAUCAGCCUGACAAAAGCAACAAAGAAGAAGCAGCAGGCUUAAAAGACAUAGGUGAAAAGGCAGAUAGCAUUCUGGACUUCCUGCAGGCAACACAACAAAUUUAUUUUACUGACAAGAAAUCACAAUGCAGAGAUGCUGCUGUAAAUUCAGCAACUGUCCAAGAGCUCUUACAAUGUCUUGAACUUCGCACCAUCUCUUCCUCAGAUGUGACUCAUCUGCAUCGGCUGAAAUCCCUUGUAUUGCUACAGGAUACUGAGAGAUUGAAGGAUGCUUUGAAACAAUUCCAAGAACAAUCUAUGAUGUCUCCUGAUCAUGCCAAGGUAGCCACAUCUCUGUUUCACUACUGGAUUACAGAUAUACUUCCUGUGAAGAACAGGAAAUAAAGCCUUACCCAUGUGUCCAUAUGCACAGGAUUGAAAUUUAAUAUACAAACUCUUAACCAAGUAGCAAUUGUUCAGGAAGAGCAGUGGCAAUACACUUUCUACACCUUCAGGUAAAUGAACAAAAACUACAAAAGACAGUGAAGGCAAAUGAACAAAAACUCCAGAAGACAAUAAAGGUAUGACUACAGUGUGAAUUUUGUCAUGGGUUGGUCAAGAGUAUGGCCUGAGUUUUCAGCUGCAUUAAUAUGUACAUUUCACUUUAGGAUAAAGGACUUGACUGGAAUGAUAAAUGGUAUUUUGUUUAAGAAAUUAUAU